AUGGCCAAUCUGACUUAUAUACCCACACUUCUUGCAUCUGUACAGAGCUACAAUGCCUCGAAGAAUGGCGACCGAGUCAUGAAAGGCUGGGUGGAUUCGCCGAACCAGCGUGGAACCAUCGAUAUAAUCUGGAGUUGCAUCACAACUCUAGCCAUAUGCUGUUGGGUUAUGUUGCACCUCAACGUUCCGGCCAAGAACGAUAAUCUCUGGACUUUGUUUCUUCGAAGGGCAAGGUGGCUCAUGCUUGCACUCCUGUCACCCGAGCUGGUCAUGCUUUUCGCGUGUGGGCAAUGGGCUUCAGCCCAAAGGUCCGUUGCUGACAUGCAUUCCUUGGGCUACCAAAAUUGGACAAUGAUACACGCAUUCUACGCCGACAUGGGAGGCUUUUUGCUCCAUCCGCCAGACUGUAAAUCGUUCCCUAUCACUGCAAAGCAGGUCCAUUACCUUGUCCAGCAACGCUAUCUACCAGUGCCAAAAAUCACAGGGAAAGAGAUCUGGGACAAGAGCAAAGCAGACAUGUUCGCGAAGACUGUCGCAGGCUUCCAGGCAGCCUGGCUUGUGGCGCAAGUCAUAGCACGUGGGAUCAAGCACCUCUCGGUCACACUCCUGGAAUUGUCCACAGUAGCUCUGAUUACCUGUACUGGAGCGGCGCUGUUUUUCUGGUUCAACAAACCCUUGAACGUCGAGACACCCACGAAUCUUAAGCUCGAAUUCAGCGUCGCUGAAAUCCUUGUGCGGGCAGGAGACACGGCCGAAGCUCCAUUCCAUGACACACCCCUCGAUUUCGUUGAAGGCAACCUAUACACUUCGGGUCAAAUGCCUUUUGCCAGCUGUUGGGGUGUUCAGGAACGUCCACUUCCACGAAUCCCAAACGAUCGCGACUCCAGAUUGCACAGCUUGCGAAUCAUCCUCAUCGUCGCUGUUCCAACUGCAAGUUUUUCCCUCCUCCACCUUAUUGGAUGGAACUUCGAUUUCCCGACCAGAGAAGAACAGAUGAUGUGGCGAUGGACCUGCAUCUCUAUGGGUAUCAUACUGGGAAUAGGAUGUUUUGCCGAGGCCAUCAGUAUCGUUUGGGACGGCUACACGACGUCGGCACUUACAAAUCUUGGCGGGUAUAAGCUACGGUGGCCUAGUAAUCUCUUAUUCUUUAUACCAGGGUUUCUAUAUAUGUCUGCGCGUCUCAUUGUCAUUGUCGAGAUUGUGAUAAGUCUCCGUCUGCUUCCACCUGGCUGCUUCGAGGUUGUACAGUGGUCGCAGCUUCUGCCACAUUUUUAA